CUGGAAAACAGUGUUUGUGGGUGCCAUCUCUCAGUUCUGGCAGCUGAGAAACCUGAUGUUCAUCUUCCCCCUCUGUCUGUAGAACAGCUGGCUGUUAAUGUGUAGCAUCUCUCUAUUCCAGAAAACAGCAGUCUACUCAUAUGUGGAACUUCAGUGCUCAUUCAAUUAGAUCUUUACAAGUGGGAUAUUGCUAUUCCAGGAUGCUAGAGACCUGAGAUCUAUGUGCAUUAGCGUAAGAUUACAUAUAGACAGUGGGAUGUCAAGUAGCCACUACCUAUGUCACCAGUGGUAGUUGUCAUCUGACACCCAGCCAAUUCUGGGCAAGGCCCCCUCUGAUGCCCAUACCAAAUUACCAACAUAUUCUGCCUGCCCACAGCCUACCUAUGUGGUGUUUCCCUCUGCAGCACGCAGCCUUCUAACCUACCUGGUUCUUUCCUGGCAAGUGCCAUUACCUGUAGGGUAUGUGGGGCAUUCAUUGCCAUCCACCCCUCAUUCUAAAAGCUUCCUCCUUCUAUUCCAGCCUCAGUUUCUCCUCCUUUGUCUUUGGUCCUGGUAGUGCUGGAGAUAAGCCAAUGAUGUAUUCCCAAACUUCAGUCAAAUGCCUUUGUCAGCACACUUGAUACUACAUUCCCAAAAAACUAGACUGAAUACAAUUCAGAUCUGCAUCCCCCACAUUUUGUCUUCACUGUCUAUGAUCAGUUAAUAUGCAAGCCAGGGCAGUACGAUAUGGAGAGCAAGCUGUUGCCCAUGCAGUAGCCACCACCCCCCCCCCCACCCCACCUCCCCACCCUCCAUGCAGCUGAUGAAUCCAGAGGAAUGGCAGAGAGGGCUUCAGUGUGACUCAAGCUCCAGAUUUUUCCUUGGGGUUUACUCUGGAAGCCCUCCCCAUGAGUGGGUAUAGAUCAGAUUUCCUUCUCCUAGAUGAGCUGUCAACCAUGGCUGACAAACCCCAUCUGCCCGAAGCGACCGGUUUUAAGGCGCCAGGAACCCACAUUUGCCCCUUUUCUUAUCAGUAGUAACUGUUCUGUUGGGCUUAGUAGCUAAGCCACAUGUAAAGGCCAGGAGCUGGACUUGGUUGUCAGAGGCUAUUUGAGACUCAUGCCAUUGGGAACAUUUAAUAGAUAGUGAGAGCUUAUCCCUACUACCCGCCCCAGCUAUGACAACCUUAAGGAACCUAAAUUAAAAACUGGAUUGAUAUAUGGGCUUUAUGGGGACUUGUUUGUGGGAUAACCAUAAGACCAUAAGGUAUAGGGCAGAAGUGUAGGCCAUUCAGCCCAUUGAGUCUGCUCCACCAUUCAAUCAUGGGCUGAUCCAAUUCUUCGAGACAUCCCCACUCCUCUGCCUUCUCCCCAUACCCUUUGAUGCCCUGGCUAAUCAAGAACCUAUCUAUCUCUGCCUUAAAUGCACCCAAUGACCUGGCCUCCACAGCCGCUCGUGGCAACAAGUUCCACAGAUUUACCACCCUCUAACUAAAGUAAUUUCUCCACAUCUCCGUUCUAAAUGGACGUCCUUCAAUCCUGAAGUCAUGCCCUCUUGUCUUAGACUCCCCUACCAUGGGAAAUAACUUUGCCAUAUCUAAUCUAUUCAGGCCUUUUAACAUUCAGAAUGUUUCUAUGAGAUCCCCCCUCAUUCUCCUGAACUCCAGGGAAUACAGCCCAAGAGCUGCCAGACGUUCCUCAUAUGGUAACCCUUUCAUUACUGGAAUCAUUCUCGUGAAUAUUCUCUGAACCCUCUCCAAUGUCAGUGUAUCCUUUCGAAAAUAAGGAGCCCAAAACUGCACACAAUACUCUAAGUGUGGUCUCAUGAGUGCCUUAUAAAACCUCAACAUCACAGCCCUGCUUGUAUAUUCUAGAUUAUGAGAACACUCAGUCCUCUUUUGUCAUUUAGAAAUGCAUACAUGCAUUAAGAAAUGAUACAAUGUUCCUCCAGAGUGAUAUCACAGAAAACAGGACAAACCAAAGACUAACACUGACAGAACCACAUAACUAUAACAUAUAGUUACAACAGUGCAAAACAAUACCAUAAUUUGAUUAAAAAACAGACCAUGGGCACAGUUUAAAAAAAAGUCUCAAGUCCUGAUUGACUCCCGAGUCCCCGAUAGCAGGCGGCAAAAGGGAGAAACUCCCUGCCAUAAAACUCCAAGGCACCGACAACUGUCAAUGCCUUGGAAGCACCUGACCACAGCCAACACCGAGUCCGUCCAUCCAAAAACUUCAAGCCUCCGAGCAGCCCCUCCGAUACAGCCUCCCUAGCGCCAUCCUCUGCUGAGUGCCUUCGACCUAGCCCCAGCCGCCGAAACAAGCAAAGCCGAGGAUUCAAGGCCUUCUGCUCCGGAGAUUCCGGUUACCACACAGUAGCAGUGGCAGCGAAGCGAGCAUUUCAGAAGUUUCUCCAGAUGUUCCUCCGUACUCUCAUGCAUGUCUGCAUCAAAUCAGAAUUGUGCACAGUCUGCUACUUGACAAGAUUACAGAUAUCAUUCACCGGAGAGGCCGUGCGCGCUGCGUCGCGCCGCCAUCUUCUAUACCUCUAGAAACGAAUGCCAACAAUGUAUUCUCCUUCUUCACCACCGACUCAGCCUGGAGGUUUAAUGAAAUUGUUUUCAAAUUUUGUUUAAAAAUUCAGCGACUAUAGGUGAAGCAGGAAGUCGAUGUUGCUUAACAAAUAGGAAAGUUACAAGAAUUAUAGAAAUGGAACAGAUGGCAGUGAGCACUUCUGCAUAUCAUCUUGAAGAUGAUGAAUUUGACAGAAAUUGUCCAAGGAUAUGUGGAGUUUGUGGGGACAAAGCAACUGGUUUCCAUUUCAAUGCUAUGACAUGUGAAGGCUGUAAAGGCUUCUUCAGGAGAAGCAUGAAGAAAAAGGCACAUUUUACCUGUCCCUUUAAUGGCAGUUGUUCAAUUACAAAGGAUAAUAGAAGGCACUGCCAAGCAUGUAGACUGAAGCGGUGCCAAGAUAUUGGCAUGAUGAAAGAAUUCAUUUUAACAGAUGAAGAAGUUCAGAGGAAAAAGGAGAUGAUUUUAAAACGGAAAGAAGAAGAAGCCAUAAAGGAGGCUAAAAAACCAAAGUUGUCAGAUGCCCAAGAAAAACUGAUUGCCUCGUUGGUUGAAGCGCACCAUAAAACAUAUGAUACAUCGUAUUCGGACUUUAACCAUUUCAGACCACCGGUACGGGCUCCAUCUGCAAUGGAAGCUUCUGGAGAGUCCUUUUCUAUUGAGCCACCACAGGAUCUCUGCUCUGAAAAUUCAUUAUCUUCGUUUAACUCAUCAUCUUCAGAUGGUUGCAGCCUAUCCAUAGGUACGUCUCAGCUAGCAAGGUCACCUUCCUCCAUUUUUGGGAUAUAUGAUGAUGAUGGUAGAAAUUCCAAGAUUAAAGAGCUCACCAUGCUGCCUCAUCUGGCUGACCUUGUCAGUUACAGCAUACAGAAAGUCAUCGGCUUUGCAAAGGCCAUCCCUGGAUUCAGGGAAUUGUCUGCGGAUGACCAAAUUUCCCUUCUGAAGUCAAGUGCAAUUGAAAUUAUUAUGCUGCGAUCAAACCAAUCCUUCUCAUUGGACGAUAUGUCCUGGAACUGUGGAGAUGAUUUCAAAUAUAAUGUAAAUGACGUCACCAAAGCUGGUCAUUCAAUGGAGUUGCUGGAGCCACUGGUAAAAUUUCAGGUUGGCCUAAAGAAUCUAAAUUUGCAUGAACAAGAACAUGUUCUACUCAUGGCCAUCUGCCUCCUUUCACCAGAUCGUCCUGGAUUACAGGACCGUGCUCAAGUGGAGCAUAUUCAAGAUAGGCUGUCUGAGACCUUGCAGAUGUACAUUCGGGUCAAGCAUCCAUCCCCUAGUAAUCGGUUGUUGUAUCCAAAGAUGAUCCAGAAGCUGACAGACCUCCGGAGCCUGAGUGAGGAGCACUCCAAACAGUACCAGUUUCUGUCUUUUAAUCCUGCACAUACCAUGCAACUCACACCACUUUUGCUUGAGGUCUUUAAUAAAGAAGAAGAGAAGUGAAUCACUUUCUUUCAUUUCUAACUUACUUGGUUUGCACAGGGUAGCAGGCUUGGUGGUGCAUCCACAGCAUUUCCUUUGAAAACUAAGAAUCCAGUCAUUAAAUAUGGUACUGAUUAAGCAAUUCUAAAUUAUUAAACCACUGACUUAAAGAGAGAAGAGGUGGGGUGGUAUUUGCAAAGUUCUGAAAUAAUUGCCACCUGCACAGAUGCUGUACAAUGUAAACUCAAUAAUAAUGGUAGAUUUCUCCCUCACUGAUACAUACUUUUUACAUGCGACUAUACAAGAGCAAUGAUAGGAAAUAUGGUAAAUAUUGAUUUAUUAUUGUAUAUAAGCUACAUGCAUCUGAUAUGUUAACUAGCCACAAUAUGAAUACUGUGACCCAUCAUUGCUUGCAGCACGUAACAAGUAUGUGCAGUUAUUACAAGGGAAAAGUUUACCAUUAAAUGAAAAGAAACCUGCAGAUGCUGGAAAUCUGAAAUAAAACUAGAACCUGCUAGAAGUACUCAGCAGGUCGGGUAGCAUUAUUCUUCAGAACAAUAAAAAAAAACAUUUUUUGCUAGCCUUGGCUAUGUUGCCCAUAAACUUUAGAAAGGAAAGACUUUUUACAGUUACAUUCUUAAUAUUUAACUUUUUAGAAAUCCCGAAACAUAAGUUAGAUUCAGAGGAGGCAAUUUUCCUUCUCAAAGACAAGAGAACCAACAUUGUCCAUCCCUUAUUCAGUACAAACUACUACAAAUAUCAAGUGCAGCUUUGGAAGCUUGUACUAUUUCUAAAUGCCAGCAAAAAAAAAAUACCUACCUCUUGGUCUCCAAGUGUUAGGACAUGUUGGUCACUGGUGAUGACUGAAAGUAAACUGAUGUAGUAAUUGUUAUAAUCUGCACUUCUGAAGUCCAACUUAAAAUAUAGUUAUAUAAUGUAUAAUUUUUUAAAAGAUAUUUCUAAUACUUAAUUGGGGAGUUGCGGCUGAAAUCUUGGGAGGCUCUGAAUGUCCUCUCAGGUCACCAGUAUUUCUACACACCCUUGGGAAGAAGGGCUGAGUUUUCAUCAACUUUUUCACAAAACUAGAUGUACACUUUCAUCAAAUCUGGAUCAUAUAUCACAUGAUGCCAAACACUCUCUUAUUUUUAUGAUUUCUAUUUAAAAUUUUCAGUUUAGAUUUUCCUGCUUUUCAAGAAUGUAUCCUGUGAAUGUUGGUUUUUAAACUCAGAGAUUUUUGUGUUCAGUUCCUGCUUUGUACUGAAUUAGUUAAUCCACUUAUGGUAGGGGCAUUUGGUCUUAACACCUUCAGCUGAAAGAGAGGUAAACAAUAAUGUCUGCUCCUGAUAAGUGUAGGUCCAGCUGGAAUAGCAUGUUGCUGGAUGAAGACUUGAGUCUUAUAAUAUUUUCAUAGUAGAAUCUCCAGUUGCCACUAACCAUUUAGACUAAUUCAAAAGCAAUCUCUUGAGUUAUGCAGUGCAAGGCAAAAGGUGACUGUAGAACUGUACCCCCAUGUGAGUACACACCUUCAGAUAAGGGGUAAAAAUUAUUAGACAGGAAGAAUACAUAUUGCUCCACUUUCCAAUGAUUGGGGAAGCAAUUAAUAUUUAAAAUAAUUCUCUCUUACUGUGGAUUUUACAAUGACCUGGAAAUGCUGCGUGACAUCAGGCUGACCUGUCAAACAGAUUGUAACCUUAUUGUCUAUGCUGUAUAUUGCACAAUAUGCACUCACUCUAUAUGUACAUAAAACAGUUGUAGUACUUAGAUUUGCUUGUGAAUAUCCCACCCUGUCAAUCAGCCAGAGUUCCUGUGCAGCAGCAGGCAUUCUAUGCACUUAUUCUCUGGAAGCAAGUAACAUUGUUUCAUACUCAGGAAACCGCAUUCCCUUCAGGUUUUAAAGAAAUAGAAAUGUUUAGAGAUCUCUGUUUUGACCUUUGUGGUAUAUUCGCUUAUAUCGAGUACUGUGCUGAAUUUAGACUCGGGGAGUUGAAAAUAUACAAAUAGGUACCCUAGUGAUUUGAAUUUUAGUAACUUGCAAAAGACAAUCCUUCCUAGCCAGUGUCUAACUGGCUGAUGCUUACAUGGGUGUCCUGCACUUGCUCUAAACUUUAUUUUUGAAAUCAAUUACAAAUGAUAGAUGCAAUGAUUCUUACUGCCUUAAAUAUUGAAAAGGGAAAUUUGAAAUUAAAAUUGAAUAGAAUGUAUGAAUGACAUCAAGAAAUUGCAUUUACUUGAGUAAAUAAACAAACAGCACUUAUCAACAAAUAGGCAAAUUUUUAAGCAUUAUUGGGAUAAAAAUGAUUCCAGAGUGUGUGAUGACAACCCUGGGAAGAUGAUUCAUAACUGGGUGAAAACAGUUACUGGUAUAUACUUCAUAAUGGAUCUCUAUAUCAUUCAUGUAAAAGUAUACCAUGGGCAAGAAGCAGCUUUUGAACCUAUGCAAGCUGACAGUUAGGAAAAAUGACUGCUUUAUUUCUAUUGGAGCAUGUUUUAGGAUAACCUCUGGAGGCUGUAUUAUAAUGGACAUUGACUAGAAAUUCAAUCACGUAAUGAAAAGAGUUUUUCCUCUAGAAUGAAAUGCAGUAGCAACCAUUUCUAGAUCAUUUGCAGGAAUUCAAUCGAGCAUAUCCAGUUCUGAAUCAUCCUUGCAUCUCUGACGUGAUUUUUUCCAUUAUAGUCAUGCACAAGAUCCACGUGCAGCCCUCAAAUGGCUUUAACCACUCUAGCCAUAAUUCCCCCAACUCCCAAACUGCACUAAUUCCUUCCCCUCUACCCUAUCCCUAUCUAUACCAAGACUGCAAUCCACCCAAUCACCUACUCUCCCUCCAAACCUCCCCAAGUGUCCUGACCACCCCUUCGAUCUUUUUCCUCACUGACCACCGCUGCAGCUCUCAACCACUAGUCACCAUUGUUGGUGCCCCACUGCUGGAUUCACAUGAAUUUUUAGGCUAUAGGUAACCUAAUUCCAGCACAAGAUGACGAGACCUGUGUGAACCAUUCAAAAGUAGCUGAGAAUACAUGGUUAUUUUUUCAUCCAGCAUGCUUUAUACUUGGAAACUGACAUUCUGGGUUGGGAGAAAUAAAUUUACCAAAUAAAAAUAAGGAAAGUAAAUUUAUAUUUUGUAAAAUGUAUAGUUUUAUCUUAUACAAAAAGAAAAGUAUAUUUUCUAGAAGGUUGUUAUUAUUGGGUAAAAUAAGAGAGUUUUACUUUAAGAGCAGAGCUUUUUAUCCCCUCCUCCAAAAGUAACAGAGCCUCUGUUUAUGAGCUCUGUUCUGUAGGUGUAAAAAUGUGUAAUGUUAUUUCUGAUUUAGAAGAUAUUUGUUCAAUGUAUAUGUAAAUAGUAUCCUGCUGCAUUGUUCAUGGCUUGCUUGACUACAAAGUUCAUAGUUUAUGCUGAUGAUGGGCAAAUCUGCAAUUGAAUUGUAAUGAAGUGGUGCUUUUUCUUUAAUGUCCUGGUCACAUGUAGAUACAUCUGUUCCUAAUGAACUAACAAUAAUCCUUCCACAUCCCUCUCCCAAAUAUUACACAACUGUAUCUUUAUUUUUUAAAACGUAAGAGAAUUUAUAUUCUAUUAAGCCAGGAACUGCACAAGUUGUUUUCAUAACUUGGCAGAGUAGGAAUUUUUUAAAUGACUCAUUUGCCUAUUGCUACAUAGAUCUUCUUCUGCUAAAGUUAUUUUUAUAAUGUUAAUCCUUUGGGGGAUGUCUGUAUUGCUUCAUUCCACAUCUUCUUACCACACAACAAUACAGCCCAGCUCAAUGAGAUUUAGAGAAAUCAUAUUAAGUGCAUUCAUAUUAAAGUGAAGAAUGUCACAUAUGAUUCCCUAUUUAAAUUGAUAGCAUGAGACUUAUUCAAAGUAAUAAAAGGUGAAUUUAAGAUUUUGAUCAGAGUAUUUAACAUGGGGAUUCCUGGAGGGCUAUAAUUCUGAAAUCAUUUAAGAAACAGUUGCAAUCUGCAUUGGGGAAUAACUUUGAGUCUUUUUACAUAAAUGAUUUUAAAAGGGUCAAAUGACAUUCCCUGUCUCUCGGUAUCUUGUGAUAUUACAUAAAGCUGCAGAAUCUUUUCCAAUGUAGCAGUUACUGUUAUUUCUUCCUUGCAUUGGCUAUCUUUUCCAAAAUUUGAAACAAAUUCUCCAGUCUCACUCAAGGAAUAAUUUACCUCUGGACAAAAUAACCGAUAUUUUAGUAAUUUAAUUUGCCUUGUGCUAACUUUCUAGUUUCCUUAAGUGGGCUUUUACCUCAAGUUACCUCCUACUCUAUAAGAAUGGAAAAAUAUAUCUCAUUUUUAUCUAUCGCCAUAGAAGCCAGAAGUAGAAUUUCAUUUUAUCUAUGUGAAUACUCACAAAGUCCUAAGUUCUGCAUUUUGCACUUAAUAGUGUAGGCAUAUUUUUGGCAUAUUUAAUUCCUCUUGUGUAAAGACCAAGGAAACCAGUAACUUAAGAAUAGGAUUGAUUGUAUGUAUGGUCUCUGCUUGCCAUUAUACAAAGAGGAGCCCAAGUGCCAGCUUAAGGAACAGUUUGGUUGUUUCAUGCUGUUUCCUAUCAUCUGUCAGAUUCACAUUCUGAUGUAAUGUUGAACAUAUAUAAAUUCACUAAACCAUCACAAAUAUUUUGUGAAUUCAGUUUAUUUGCAGUCCAAGGUAAUGCCUUUGACAAUGCCUUGCUCCCAGCUGGUACUUUGGCUAUUUCACAAGAGGGAAUACUUUGUACUUUCUCUGGAACUUUACCGAUCCUUCCCAGUUUACACAGAUACAGCCCGUACAUACGAAAGAACAUUUGGGAGACUGAUGGAAUGGAUUUACCAGCUGCUGUGAGUCUGUAGACAUCUUCUGCAUGUGGGUACUGGCUUUGCAGCUGCAUUUCCAUCCUGCAAACUGUUCGGGUUACGAACAGCUCACAGGAAUGGAAUAGAGAUGACUAGUUUAGUAUAUGAAGAAUGUAGUAACAGGAGAAGAUAGAUUUGUAUUAUCCUUUGAAUGUUAUGGUCCAACCCAUUUAAACCACAUGUUCAGUGACUAAUUACUUUGCCUCCCUUCGUAUCACAAAUAACCAGUGCCAGAAUGCAGGUUCAGGAGUAUUAUGCAAGAGUGUAUAACACAGCCUACUCAUAAUAUAAGAUAUAUUAAUGAUAAAUGACUUCUGCAGAACCUGUUAAACUAGAUUAUACUCAAACUACACUAGAUGGAAGAUGUAGAUCACAUGACACUGAAUAGAUAUUUUGUUCUUUUGGAGCUGGGAUGGUGUUAGGAAGUAUAUUUUUAGCAAUUGCUCGAUCAUCUGCAUUGCUGAUUAUAAGGAAGUUAAUUAUUUGAGCACAAGUUUAAUAAAACAGCACAUAAGUGUUCUGACAAGCUCCAGCUGCAAUCUUAUACACCUUCCUCUUUAAAUAACAUUAAAAACAAAAAAACAGCAAAGCCAGAAGAAUAGAGAAAUGUAUAGUUGCGUCCUUGACUGGGGUCAGUGGAGGGGAUUUUUUUUACCCCAAGCCAUAAGAGUCGCAUAUUCUGUAGGACUCCCAAGAUUUUCAUUGAACUGCAAAGAUAGCUUCUUUGAUAAUUAAGUAAGACAGAGAGCCUCGGCGCACAAUAAUGAAUAUUCUUCUUUCAUAUUAGAUGUUUACCUUUAAUAUUAAGCUCUGCAAAUGUAUCUUGAUUUUUAUUUAAUGACGACUGUGUGCAUAUUUUAGUUAUCGCACCCACUAUGCACUCCAGAAAGGAAGAUUUUAGGACAGUGUUAAAAUGAAAAAGAACCACAGUGCUACCACCUAUCUUGUGUCAAGUGCCUUAAUUUUAAUCAUUUUAUGUGGAACAUGGUGGAUUUCCAUAAAUCAACCUCAUCCAUAUAUUGUUAGAUACUAAACUCACAUUGAACUGUUGGCUCAUGCAUGAACUAAACCUCAGAUUCUUUUCUUGGAGCAUUUGGUCUGCACUAUCUGCCACCUUAACUAUCGUUUAGACUUUGGCCAAGUAAUAUAAUUUUAAUUAUUUCCAGCUCUGCAACUGAUUAAGCUAGUCCAUUAUCUGAGACCUAAUGCUUCAACCAGUACAGUUACAUAUAAAAUAUUUUAUGGCACCUGUAAAGUUGUCUGUGUUCUGGUCUCUUAAGCAAUAUUGCCAAAGCAUGGGUUACCCAAGCGUUUGUUCUGUUGCUCCUUAUUGAACGUCAUUGCUAAAUUUGUCUAUAUGACAACAGUGACUAUAUUUCAAACUUUAAUCAUUGGCAGUGGAGCUGUUUGGGACAUUGUACUGCAUAUUUCAACUGCGUUUAGAAAUCUGCCAACCAGAACUAGUGCUGGUUACAGGGAGAUUGUGGAGAGGGAAAAGGUUAUUAGCUUGGUAGGACCAGGGCAAGUUUGGUGAGAAAAGUAAGAGGCCCAACUUAUUAGGUGUGUGGUUAGGCAGAAAGAUCAGAACUGGGGGAGGUCUACAAGAAAGAUUGCAGUUGGGUGAAGGGAUUGGUGGUAUUUGAGGAGAAUAUAUAAGAAAGAGUAAGGCUGGGAGGGGUAGGAUGGAGUUUGCACCCUGCAUCAUUUUUGUGUGCCUAAAGAGACAUGAGUGAGAUCUUGGGUGGGAGGGGGUGAGUGGGAAUGGUGAGGAGUUCAAUGUGUUGGGAAAAAUGUCCAAAACGAUGCAAAGUAACUUUGGGAUUUACAGGCAUCCCAAUCCAGGACUACAGUGAUAAAGCCUAGUUAUCCUCGAGUGCCAAAUGAUGAUCGUUCCUGGAACAACAUGAUCCAAGUUCCCAUAUGAUGCUCCAGAAAGGGAAUUGCACAAAUAUUCACCCUCUAUGUAGCUGACCUGAAAAUCAAGUUGGGCACACAAAAGUAACUCACACCAGGAAAGAAGGUUCAGUUAAAUUUAUAGUGAUGAAAAAAAAAUUCAGAAACAGUUGAUACCACAAUUUCAUCUGGAUAAAAUUAAUUUUCAAUCGCAUUAUGCUGAAAAAAAUGUCUGCUAAUAAUCUUUUUCUGAUCUUUCAUUCACAUCUUACCGCAGGAUCACUGACUCAUAUGCUGCUCAUACAAUACUCAUUGACUUGAUCUGUUCCUGAACAUCUGAUGUGAACUUCAUUUUGAUUAAUUUGCAAUAGGUGCUCAGUUAUUAAUUUCUUAGAUGUUAAUCAACAUACUAUUAGCUACCAAUGAUUGAUGCUUGCUUCAUGUGACUAUUGCUUUGGAGACAGAUUAAUAGUUCCUAAUCUUAAUUCUGAGUUUGAGUUACAGUAAUUGAGAUGCAUAGAAACAGCCCACUGUGUUUGUGCCUACCAUUAACUACCCAUUUACACUGAUCCUAUUCUAAUCUCAUUUUAUUCUCACGUUCCCCUCAACUACCUACUCCCUCCUCCUAGAUUCUACCACCACCCACAGACUUGGGACAGUUUACAGCAAUCUGUUAACCUACCAACCUGCACAUCUUUGGGAAAUGGGAGGAAACUGGAGCACCCAGGGGAAACCCAUGCAGUCAUUAUGAGAAUGUGCAAACUCAUCAGUCCAGAUGAAGGGUUUCGACCCUAAGUAUCAACUGUCCAUUUCUUUCCAUGGGUACUACCCGAGCUGCUGAGUUCAUCCAGUGUUUUGUGUGUCACAUUUGGUCAUGAAUCAAAUUUCUGGCAGACGGCUCUCCCAGUAGCCACCCAUUUUAAUUCCACUUCCCAUUCCCAUUCUGACGUGUCAGUCCACAGCCCCCUCUACUGUUGCAAUGAGGCCACACUCAGGUUGGGGGAGCAACACCUUAUAUUCCGUCAGGGUAGGCUCUAACCUGAUGGCGUGAACAUUGAUUUCUCGAACUUCCUGUAAUGGCUCUCCCCCCUCUCCUCCACCAUUCCCCAUCCCCUUUUACAUCUCUCAACUUAUCUAAAUACCUGCCAAUCACCUCCCUCUGGUGCUCCUCCCUUUUGUUUCUUCCAUAGAUUCCCCCUUCUCCAGCCCUGUAUCUCUUUCACCAAUCAACUUCCCAGCUCUUUACUUCACCCCUCCCUCCUGGUUUCCCUAUCACCUUGUGUUUCUUCCUCCCCUCCCUUCUAACUCUGUUUCCUUGUCUUUUUUUCUCCAUCCUGCCAAAGGGUCUUGGCCCAAAACGUCGCCUGUACUCUUUUCCAUAGAUGCUGCCUGGCCGGCUGAAUUCCUCCAGCAUUUUGUGUGUUUUGCCAGAAGAAAUUAAUCACUGUGAUUCUGUAGUGUACUUUUCACCAUUCAGCAUUCUUAGCCUAAUCAGGUUGGAAUUGCACUGUUUUCAGAGCAGGACCCAGCCAAACAUUAGGAAUUUGACUUAGGAGGGGUUUCUUUGCUUUCUCUUCUUCAUAUCACUCGAUAUAUUCACAACUUGACUCAACACUUGUCACACCCUCCCCUCCUUCCACCAUCCACCACUUCGCCCCAACCAGCCGCCAAUUGUGGACCCAGACCCUAAUGUGACAUCUAAGCCUACUUAACUUACCAAUCACAAGUCCUUCACAUUCCACCCACCCCACUGCUGCCUAUUUACUGAAACUUGAAUACUGCAAAGUUUCAUCAAAUUGGCUUUAAGCUGUCAGAAGGCUUGAGUUACCAAAAGCUCUAGAAUCCUUCUGCCUCAUACAAAAUAUAGUAGUGAAUUACAAAUGCAGAUGAUUGGGAUAUCACCCUUUGGAAUGUGGGACAGUUAGAAGAUACUGUGUGAAAUUAUUAACAGAAAUUGAAAUAUUAAAUUGAUACGUAUCUUACAGCAUUUACAGCAUUCACUCAGUUUUCCUUGCAGUUUGUUCUAAUAGUGAUGGCACACAGAUGUCUCCAUCUUUACGUUUAUUCACAAUAUAAUCUGAUAGAAGAUCAUCUGUCACUCACUCCCUCAAAGUUCCUUUCAGGCUACAUGUUUGAGUUUAAAUAUAUUUAUUCUUGGCACUAUAUGUGAAUAAAUUGCCAUAGUUGAUCAAAAUCACAUAUGUUUUGAGGCAUUGUUAUAGAUUAAAGUUUGUGGAAAUAGAAUUUGUUCCAUCGGCACCUACUCCCCUGCAAAAGAAACAGCCAUUAAUACAAUGUAAGAACAAAGAUGAUUAUCAACCUGGAAGAAAACUCUUGGAUAACAUCUAUAUAUUUUUUUAAAAUGCUGUAAAGCAUUUGUAUCAUCGAGAUGUUGUGACAAUACACUUUAUAUAAGAAAUUAAAAUAAUCUGUAGUAAUCUGCAUAAAGUUAAUUGACUUAAUAUUACUCAAUAUUCUAAAAUAAUUGACAAUAUAUUAACACAAUUCCCAUUGGUCAUCCUGUUUUGACUUCAUAGAAUUCUUUGAUUUCACGUACAUUUUGAGUAAGUUGACAAUUAGAUCCAGCAAUUAGACAUUCAGUUUAUUAAUAAGUGAAAUAAAUAACCUCGAAAUUAAAUGCUUGAAGAAAUGAAUAUAGUUAAUUUAACUUGACUGAAUAGUCGUCUGGGAAAAUAAGGGUGGAUUUCGCUGAAAGUGACUUUUGGCGAUGAAGUUCUAUUUACUACUGUCAACUGUUAAUAUAAGUCGGGGUAAGGGUGCUGCUGGUAAAGUGCAAUGUAUAAGAUAUAAUUUGUAGAAUUUUAUAUUAGGAUAUUUGUGUCUGUUACAUGCUGUUUUAACGGAAUUAUUACUCCUAUCACAAUGUUGCCUUAAUGAAAUAAAGUAACUUUUAAAUAUAGACUUAGGAAGCAAUUCUGCAAAGAGAUUGAGAUGGGAUGGGAAUCUUCAGAUGUUUAAGGAAUAUCAAAAUUGACUAGUUAAGUAUAUCUUUUAAAAUAUUCCUCAUUCUUUUCAUACCCCUGUUCCAUGGGACCUGUUUUUUGUUUUUUUUUAAAGCUAUAUGUAUAGUCAGAGAGAUCUUGGACUGAAUCAGGUCAAAUGAUUGUGUUUCCAUUCCUUCCUAUGAUUGUAUAUGGUGCAUGUAAAUUAAUUAAGAAUCUUGGACUCCAACAUGGACCUGAGCUAACAUUGAAAAAGAAUAAGAUAUUCUCUGUACUUGAUACUGAAUUCUCACUUGAUUGAAAUUAAUGAUGCUUAGUAAAUGUUCUGUUUUUAUAUCCAUUCAAGGGAUGUGGAGUUUGAAGGCUGAGCCAACGUUUAAUUGCCCAUCCCUAGCUGCCCUUGAGAAGGCAGCAGUGAGCUGCCUUGUUGAACUACUGCAGUUGUCGAGGUGUGGGUAUACCCCUCGAUACUGUUAGGAAGAAAGUUACCAGCAACAGUGAAGGAAUGGCGAUUAAUUUGCCUGUAAGAAUUACAGUGCAGAUUUGUAUUGAAUUAAUCUAAAAUUUCCAGUCUGUUGAUGGUAACAUUAAAAUAUGCACUAGAGAAAAUAGUUGUAAUGUUACACAGUGUGAAGUUCUGGUUGAAACAGCCUCUAUUUCUCCUGAAGCCAGCUUGCUCUUUCCUCAAGCACAUAUCAACAGCAUUUGUAAUCCAUUGGGCAAUGACUUUGGCGAGUAUCUUGCUGGGCACUGACAAAAGUGUGAUGCCAUGCCAGUUGUUGCGAUCACUUAGUGCUCCUUUCUUGAGGAUCCUAACAAUGACCCUCUUUGUCCAGUCCUUAGGUACUUGUCUCCAUUCCCUGAUGUGGUUGCAGGAUGGCUGCUGCAACUUUUGGUUCAGCUUUGAACAAUUUGGCUCUCAAAUUGCCAUGUCCUGGAGCUUUGCUGUUCUUUAAUGAUUUAAUUACAGCAACAAUCUCUUAUUUCUUGGGUGGAUCUGUGUUGAUGUUGAGGCCCUCUGUUGCCUCUUGUAUGUUAGGUUCUUCCUCUGGUGGUGGUCUAUUCAGUAAUUCUCUGAAAUACUCUGUAAAUCGUGCUUCUUGCUCUUUCUCAGUUGUCAAAAGCAGACCGUUCUUGCCUCACACGGGACCACAAAGAUCUGGCCUGGAACUUUCCACGUACCAGUUUUGAAAUCUUGUAUAUAUUUACCUGGUCACCUUGAUUGGUUGCUUCUUUGGCCUGCAGUGAAGUGAUUCUUCCAUGUAGACUCUCUUAUCCUUUCUUACAAGUCUCUUCACUUUUUUGUUAGCUAGUUGAAGUUUCACCUUAAGUCUUAUUGACUUUGCAUCUAGCACUUUCUUAAUUUUCCGUCUUCCUUCUAAGGCUGCCCAUGUUUCCUGCUGCAUCUUUUCUUUGUUCUUCUUUCCAGCUCUGUAUCCUAGACAAGCCUUGCUGCUGCUCUCCUUGAAGACUGAAGCAGUCCAUUUCCACAUUGUGUCAAUCCUGUCUACUGACACAUCCUCCUCAAGGUCUUGCAAGGCCUGGAAUCUGUUCUUAAGCUGAAUGGUGAAGGCAGAUCUUACACUUGUGGCCUUGAGUGUCUUAACUUCAAAACGUCGUUGUACAUGUGUUCUGGUCCCAGUGCAUCAGUUUGAGUUUCAUCCUUGCUACAACAAGGUGGAGAUCACUUCCUGUUUCUGCCCCUCUCUUCAUCUUUAGAUCCUGCAAGGAUUGUCACCACAUAGUAUUGAUCAUCAAAUGGUCAAUCUGGUUCUUGUCACAUCCAUUGGGUGAGCACCAUGUCAGUUUGUGGAUUUCACGGUGUGGAAAGAGGGUCCCUCCUAUUACCGGAUAAAUACCAGUAGGUGUAAUGGGCAGUAAGAGAAAAUGUUUAGACAUAAUUAUUUUGUGUAGAAAAUGAAAGCAACAACAUACAUACCCAUUCACUGCUAUCAGUGGCAAUCCGAGAAGUUUGUGUUUGAAGUCAGUGUUUUGCAUGCUUUUAAAAAUUGGGAAUGGGGUUAACAAAUAUCACAAACAAAUGAUUAUACAUGGGAGAGAAGCUGAAGUAAGAUUUGAUGUCUUACUCAUUCAUAGAAAUAGAAUUCAAAGAUCAUUGCCUACACUAGAUUUUUUUUUACUUCAAAACCACUCAGUCCAUAUUUUUAUAGAGUGGUUGGAAUCUGUAGUAUACUACCUGAAGGAGUGGUGGAGACAGAUAUUUUCACAACAGUAAGACAUAUUUGGACAAGAUAUUGAAGUCUAUGGACAAUAGGAUUAAUAUAGAUAGGUGUAAUAGCUGGUGUGGAUAUGUAGGGCCGAAUGGCCUCUUUCUAUGCUGUACAGCUCUGUGAUUCUGUAUUUCAAAUUAUUUGCAUAUUUCCUUAAUUGUUUUACUUUGCUGAAAAUUAAUUUUAAUUUGUUAGGAAUCUUGAUAAAAAUGUGAAUUUCUGUUCUAGUGGGUUGGUAGUUCAAAUCACUCAAUCAGCAUUGAGAUUGAGGGAAUUAUUCUUGGUAGCCCUACUAAUGAACUUCUUAAUAAGCUACCAACUAAUGAAAGAUACAUCAGGAAACAUUAUGCAAAUCAUAUAGGUAGGUUCCAAUUAGUGCGAGAAGUUGCUUGAGAAACUAUGAUUUCUGGGAAACAAAAACACCAGUCUGAAAGCUUUUACACAUAUCUAGUAUCAGUACAAAUUGUGUUGCUUUUAUAAGGAAAAGAAAUGGACAGACAGAAAAAAGCAGCAGCACACUCUUAACCACUGCAGGCCUCAUCAAAUCACAUGCGAGUGUCAGGGAAAUGUGUGGUCAUCAUGUUCUGCAGAAUUUGAUUGUCCUGCUGAGAACUGAAAAUUGUGUACAAUCUCUACGCUCCAUGAGGAGAGAGGUUGGCCCUAUCCAACAUAAGAAUAUUAAAGGGCUGCUCUUAUGUAAUAGAUGGAAUAAGAAGAUGGAUGUACCAAUAACCUACCUCACACAUAAUGUGAAGGAAUUGGAUAUCUGCAUAUGUCAGCACUACCCAUUGUAUACUGUUUGUAAAUACACUGACAAGCCAUUAUUAACUACUUCAACUUGCAUAGGAGCAUUUAGGUAUGCACCAAAAGAGUAUGUGUGCUUUAUCUUAGAUCGGAUUAUUGACACUUCAGCUGCCAUGCUAAGGAAUGUUUUGGCAGCUAAUGAGGCCUGCACAAAUCGUGCAAGAUGAAUGUUUAAAAUCCAGCUCCUGAAACUCAUCCAACCUUGGAACAACAUGAUUCAAUAUUGUCGCUGACAAAUAACUGUUCCUUGUGGGUGAUUUUUUUAAAAUAUCUCUGUCCGAGCAUAGCCAUUGAAUCCAUGGAUCUUAUGUUCAAUCUAUGGUUCACAGAACCUAUCGAACUCAUCUAUUACUACAGGUGUUAACUUCAGCUACCUCUGGGUAUUUCCAAACCACACAAUAAUAGAUUUUUUUAAUGUCACCUACCCCUUCAUGGAUUGAUUGUCAUUCUUUGUCUUGGCUCUCUUUAGUUACUGACAGUUGUCAAGUAUUUUUGCAGAGGAGCAAACUGCACAACUGACCUUUUAGAGCCUCAAUUACACCAUUCUCUAACUCCCAGUUGUCUUUGGCUUUUUAUGUUUCCUGUUAUUCUGUCAAUUGUUAAGGAUGUCAUACUCCAUUAUGAGUUUGCACUUUUAAGGAUAAGGAAAAGUAUAAUAGUUAAAGAGUAUGAUUCAGUGGAAUGUUCUUUGUAAAAAGAAUCAGUAGGCUAUAGCAUCUUCAACUUGGCCCUAAAUUCCCUAAAGUUCAAGUUGGAGACUGAAAACAAUCAGUAGGGUAUGAUGUUGAAGAUUCCCUGCCUCCUAAAAUUAUAUUGAGAAUAUUCAUUUAAGGUAAUCCAAGUUUACAGGAUUUCAUAAAAUGUGAUUCCAGUACUUGAUAACUUAAACAUUUGGAAAGGAUGCGUGGUGUUUGAAUCAAAUUCAAAAUCUCCAGUUCUCUCUAGCCUCUAAGAUGUUAAACAGUACCUCAGCAUCGAGUUUAAAUCCCUUGCGGUCAUUUAUAUUGAAGGAGAGGCCACAGCAUCAAAAAUGGAAGAAUGGUCAGGGACAAUCCUCAACCCUGAUGGUUUAUUGGAUAAAUAAUUCUAUUGUACUGAGCCAAAUAGACCAGGUAUAAUCCUUGGUCUCUGUUGAAGUAGCUGCUCUUAUCAGGAUUAAUUGUGACAUCACUUCAAUUGACUGCUUAGAGGGACAAGAAAUGAGUCAGAUUUCUAGUUUGUGUGUGUGUGAGAGAGAGAGAGAGAGAUUCAUGUGUGUUAAGUAUAGUCUGCCAUGACCCACUGUUGAAUAGUCUACUGACACUGCAAACUUGUACCAAACUCCAUUACAAGUUAGCACUUUUAGGAAGGGUAGGGGAAGGUGGUAAUUGUUUAGGAAAAAUAUUAGACAGAAUGUUCUGAAUACUAAGAAUUGACGAGCUAUAGCACCCUAUUGAUUUCAAAGAGUGAGUUUGACUUUAGCUUAAAUUUAUAACUGCAAAUGUUGGAGAUUUUUAAAUUCAAAUGUACUCCUCCUUUUCUGCAAAUACAACUAAAUUAAAAAUAUUAUUUAUAGUUUUCAAUGUUAGAAUCCUCUUGUUUUUCUAUAUUAUUUAGAAAAGAAUCAAAAUAGUAGAUGCUGGAAAUCUGAUGUAAAAACAGAAAGUGCUGAAAAAAGAUCAGUUGAAAAUCUGUGGAGAGAGAAUGUUCAAAAGCAAUGACUUUGUUUUCUUGCAUGUUUUCUUCUGCAUUGUCACUUCAACUUGCAAAUGUUAUAGUUGUUUUGUACAGUGUGUGAAGGUUCCCAGCACUCUGCAAUUGAUAUUGUUAUUACUUAUAUCUAUUAAAAAAAAUCUAGUUUUCAAUUGAUUGGUUUCACACUUGAGUCCUUUCUGAUUUGAGCCAAAUUGGUUUUGUUCAUUUUAAAUUGUUUUUACAAAAGUGUCGUUGUAUUUCCUUCAUGUUUUGUUUCACUUUAUUGUAAUUCUUUAUAAAGAAUUAUUGUACAGAGAAUGUAAUUUGAAACUCU